CGAUCUCUAGUUUGGACGAUGCAUUUCAGAGACAUUUUCACACUUUGCAUUAUUAUUGCUUUGGCGACAGCUGAAACUGGUCCAACCCAUGACAAAGUAAUCGUAUGCUAUGCAACCAAUGAAACAAGUUCGAAUGGAACUCAAUUUCCAAUUGAGGAUGUAGAUUUAAAUCUGUGCACGCAUCUCAUUUAUGCAGACAAUCUGGAUGUUACAACAUACACAACGGGACCAUGGCGAGACUCACUCGAAACCUCCAACUAUGAGCGGUUCACCAACUUACGGGAAUCUUAUCCACAUUUAAAGAUUUCAUUGGCCAUUAAGCAUUUCUUGGUCGAUUACUUGCGAAUUGCAACGGAUCCAGCAAGUUAUUGGGACUUUGCCAAAGAUGCAUCAGACUAUCUGUUGCAGCAUAAAUUCGAUGGAUUGGAUUUAAUGUGGGAGUUCUCGGACAUAAGCGACACUAACUUGCAACCGAAUCAAUCGUUCGGUGACUAUGCCAAUCCCAAUUUGCGCUUCGACAAAGAACAAAUCCACAGUUUUGUGAAGCGCUUGAAAAAAACGUUCAAAUUGCACGGUCUAUCGGUGACAUCAACAUUUGUUGCGACAACGGAAAAUAUAGCCGAAGUGCUUGACAUUCCGGCAAUAUCUCGCCACUUGGACUACGUGCAUUUUGUGCAAAAGUACAAUUUCAAUUGGAAGCCACAAGAGGAUAUCAUCAACUAUGCGAUAAAAGAGCGUUCAAUCAACAGCACCGAACAAAUGAUCAAUUCGCUUCUCGAACGAGGUGUUGCUGCGAAUAAGCUUGUGAUGGGAGUUCAAUUCUCGGGCCUUUUGUUUCGAUCGAUACAAGGACUUGGCCGUUUCAGUGCGACGACAUUCAGACGUCAGCUGGGCUACAAUGAAGUCUGUGAUGCAUUGUCAAAAUUGAGUGGAUGGCAAAAAAUCUACGAUCCAAAAUCAGGUCUGGCCAUUGCAAAACGAAUGGAACCCUCCUCUGGCGCUCAUUUGCCACGACUUUCCACAAUUGUCUUCGAAAGUGGUCGUUCAAUUGUGCGCAAAAUUCAGUUUGCUGUGAGCCAGAAAUUGGCUGGCGCUAUGGUCUUUCCAAUUGAUAUGGACGAUUUUAUUGGACUUUGCUCAGUUGACAAAGACACAUACGCAGACUUCAAACCACCACAAGGUGUCAAUUUGAACAUUGACACAAAUGAAAACCGAAAAUUCCCACUCCUCAGAACAGUUAACGAAGCCAUUCUCACACAAUUGGAGGAAAAUGACCAUUCAGUCGUUGAUAGAAUUGAACCAAAUACUCCACAAGGCGAAAAUGUUCAAGUAGCUUCGAGAUUUGCUCAGAUUCCAACGUUUAUGCGCCGCAGAGCAAAUGUUCCGAAUAAAGUUCGAAUCUUCAAAAUUCGCCGUCCGAUCGCAACUGUGAAUAUUCCCGCUUAUGACUAUAAUUACGAUGAUUUGAACCUAGAAAUACUCGAUGCACUACUUUAA